CUGUCAUUAAGCUUACAAUAACAACGGUUUGAUUUUUUUUACUACAGACUUUCCACGAGAGAGGUAAUCAAAGAGAACUACCCUAUCCUUUAGUGACGUCAUGGAUAAGUAUAUCACCAACGAACAAUUUUCAGAAGUAUUCUCCAAACUCAAAGACGAGCCACUGAAAAUUACAUACGAAGAAUGUUUCUGCAAAUACAAAGGUUAUAUCUUACCAGGCAAUGCAAUGGACUGCGUGAAAGAUAUGCCAACUUGGGAAGUUCGAUCGGAUGACGUGUGGAAUCUGUCAUACCCCAAAACAGGCUCCACAUGGUUGCAAGAAAUAAUAUGUGCCGCAAUGUACAACGGAGACUUGAGAAACAUGAAGAAACAGCACCAGGAGAUGCGGAUGAUGUUUCUGGAUUUUCAUCCACUACCGCCGGAAGAGCUAAUAAAACUAAAGGCAAGAAGAUUGUGGUUGCACUAG